CUUUUAUAUUUUUAGUCAGAAAAAGAGGCGAGACUAACACAGACUAUAUCAGUUGAAUUGAAAUGGAAAGACGAAUUCUUAGUUUGGGAUCCUUCUUUAUAUGAUGGAAUAUCAUAUUUUACUACUACCGGAAAGGAAGUGUGGACACCUGACUUCUUAAUUUAUAACAGACUUGAAUCAAGUUUUAUGUCAGAUGGAUUGCAAGCAGAACAAGUACUUGUUCAGUACGAUGGAACAAUUCGUGUACUGCCGUUUGGAGAGCUAAGCACUAUAUGUAGUGCUAAUACCGAAUUAUUUCCAGCGGAUUGUCAAAAAUGUUCUAUAGCUCUUGGGUCGACCGGAGUCAGUCAACAGCAAAUGUUUGUCUGGGACGACAAUGAAGCAACCAUCGGAUAUGAUAAAAACAAAGAUGAACAUGCAUUUUGGAAGAUCACGAAUGUGGAGAACACAGCAUUUCCGUCAUCUCUUAAAUUAGAUAUAUAUUUGAAAAGAUUGCCUGCACAUUAUAUCUACAACAUAGUGUUUCCUGCCUCUGCUUUAUCUAUACUAGCAGUCUUAUCCUUCUUUAUCCCAAUAGACGAAGGUGAACGUCUUAGUUUUGGAAUAACGAUAUUCCUUUCUUUUAUGGUCUUGAUGCUGCAAGUUGGAAGUGUAUUACCAGAAAACUCCAAAAGUAUUACCGCUGUUGGGAAAUACUUUUUACAGAUAAUGUGUAGUAGUCUUAUAGUAAUAUUUAGCUCUGUUGUUCUGAGCUAUUUUGAGAAAAAAUCAGACAUUGAUAAAUGCACAUGUCGACUGAAUUCUGCUCAUCCCAAAUUACAUGGCGGUGUAUGCAAAAAUGAACACAAAAUUGCGUUCGAAGACCAACAAAACUGUACUGACCAUAUCACGACCGAUAUUAAAGAGCAGUCUGACAAGACAAUGGACCGUUUAAAGAUGUUGGGAUACAGAAAGCUAAUGCAAUAUUUUAGGCCCAUUAAGUUAUUUGAUUGGGUAACUUUCCUUUCCUGUUUGAUAGUUACUAUUUACGGGCAUAUUGAACUUUAUAUGAUUAUGAAUGAUGAAACGUGUAGAAUAUCGGAUUUAUAUUAAUCGUAAUGCUAUACUAUUUUACUAUA